CCUUGCCGUACUGUCGCGAGAAGAGGCCGUGUGUUCCCUAUCGUACGCGUCGUCGUGCUAAAGCAAUACCACUUACAUUCGGUUUGGGAGUAAGCUUCCCGAAGUUAAAGGACAAAUUGGUGGUUGCGUGAGCGAUUGUGGUUUGGAGCAGGAAUUCGUUGAAAGCGUUACGUUGUUACGAAGAAAGACCUUAACGUGGAAGAGUGCCGAGCUGGAGGAGCUUUAAUUCGCGAAGCGUGGAGUCGAGCCUGUUUGGAGGAGUGUUGUUCCUUCCGUUCUUUCCACUUGAUCCCGAGGCCGUCCAGGCAACAACGACUGUGAUUAUGGAUAGUGACAGCCCCGUGCAGGAAUACUACAUUAACGACUAGGUUGGCCUGCUGGUUGCGUGGCAGGCAAAGGACUCGUACCAUCAGUACCUCCUACCUCGCGAACUAAGUGCUCCGGGUUUUAGUGUAUAAGUUUCAAUCGACGGACGUUUCAUAUUCUUCACCGAAAUCGCAAUUCUAUUCCGGCCUAAGAAGAGCAGCAUUAUCCACGGAUCGGGUGUGAACCUUCCGCCAAACGGCACCCGCCACCUAUACGGGGCUGGGGAAGGGACCGUCUACUACAGAUGAUUGUGGCGCGUCCAACCGCUUAUCACAAUUUGGCCCGCACAAAGCGCUCGCGGCAUCCCGCUGUGUUGGGGCGGGUAUUUGUGUGCAGCUUUUGUGGUGUGCGUAGUGGACCCGCGAACGAAAAAUUCAAAUUUACUCACGUAAAAUCGCGACGGAUCGCGUUAAUCUCGCGCACGCGUUCGUAAGCGCGGAAUUUUGCGCUCUCCGGCGCAACCAUACAUCCGUCCGCGUGCGUGUUUGCGUGACAACAGCGCAGCAAUAGCACGGCCCAAUCGACAGCGGUGCCGAUCGAUGCAUGCCAGAACCGUGAAGCGCGGUGGAGCGUGAGCAGAAGAAGCGAUCGUCGCAUACGCGUUAAUUGAUCGCCGCAAUCGCCUGGGACAACACAACAGGUUCGACGACGCACAUUUACCUAUCUACUGCUGGCCGUCAAGCAGCGCCCCCGACUUCCUCGACGAUUUCUACCGAGGUGUGCGCCCAGCAGUGCCGCCCGACCUCACACACAACUAUUAAAACGGUCUCUCCGGACUGGUGAAGUGCUGGUCGCCGUUUUUAGUUACGAAACAAACGUCGUCCCGUGCAGGCGCGUUUAUUUUACGCUCGCGCGCAUAUUCAGUUCGACUGCAAACGAGGCAGGAAUUGGGAAGUGAAGGAAACCGAGUGGUUGUGUGGUGUUUUUGUAAAAGCGAUACCCUGCGCGAGCCAACGUGGUUCAAAUAGUGUCCCACAUCGAUUGGGUGAAAGUUGGUACAUAAUUAAAAUCGGGCAAGUCGAACGCUAAACCAGCGCACGCCUAGCUUUCAGUGUGCGUGGACUAAAAAUCGUUCGCCAGCCGUGUUUUGGAAACGUGGCAGCAGCAGCAGCAGCGUUCGGUGUGCCGUUAAGAGCCGCGCGUCGAAAAUUGCGUCCGAAGAAAAGCUCACCGGAAGACGGUUUAAAAGUGGAGCCCUAGCAGUGAACAAUUCCUGCCGCGAUCUGCUGUUCAUUCCCGGCGUGAGGGACCCACCGCGGUAAUUGUCGUGCGUUCGUGUAUGUGCCUUAUGGAGCAGGAUAUCGUUAAGCGCCCGUACAGCAUCGUACCAUCGUACAUGGUCUACAAGAUGCGGAUAGAGAUUGAGAAUCCACUGCUCCAGAGUCAUCGUCAGCGCGAAACCACCGGCAUCAAGAAGCUGUACAAUUCGUUCUUCGUUAUGUUCUAACUGACU